CGACAACAACAACAUGACUUCCGAAAGAUUUAUAAAAGUUUUAAUCGUUCUCAUCAUCGGAUUCGCAUUGAAAUUGCCCAAUUGUUAUGGUGACGUCGGUCUGCCGUUAAUACAAAUAAGUCAUGAUGAUGAUGACUUUGGUGAUGAUUAUCCGGAAUUACGUGAGGAGGUACAUUUGGAGGAUUUCUUUUGGACGGGAUCGGGUGAUGGACCACCGGAUUAUUUGAAACAGGUCCACACCGGCAUUAGCAAGGGGAAAGAUGUUGUGGUCAAAACGGAGACCGUUGUGGCCACUGUCUAUGUCGAUGGUAACAAUGAAGUUGAUAUACCAAUCUGUUUAGAUUGCUAUGGUGAGGGAACUGUGGGCAUUGACGGCGUAUGGAAUGGUGCUGGAACACCACCCUUAAAUUACUCCGCUACAGAUCGUCGAUAUUGGCUGCUUACGGUUAUGUCGGGAUUUUAUACACAAAAAGAUAAUCCGAUGUUGGAGGAGAAAUUAGCCCGGCUAUAUCGACUGGCAUUCACGAGGCAGCAAACCAAACACUUGGGUAUAAAUGGAGCUCAACAAAUAUCGGGAAUUUCCGUAACGGCUGGACGUGAUCGGAGACACUUUAAACCUACUAAUGAAAAUGGCAAUGAUGGGAAAAUUGACGAAAACGAAGAGGGUGCCAGCACCACUCAAGAUCCCCCCGAUUAUGAUGCUGAGCUAUUGGAUAUGACAACAAAUAAUACUUCCACAAUACGCCUACGUUCCCCUCCCUCCCCUCCAUCACCAGCAUAUCCAAUUAACAAAAAAUCUGAAAUGAUUUCAUCAUCUGAAGAGAAUAUCAACAAUACAGAAUCGGUAACAUUUGGUUAUUCUUACUCGGAAUCUGAUAUGCAAGUUGAAAGUUCCAAUAUUGCCACGGCCCAAGUGACCCCAGUACCAUGGGAAUUAAUACAAAAUAAUGCUUCCAAAUUGGAGAAACAAAUUUUAGCACCCCUGGUACAACCGCCAACACGAUUUUUACAACCACAACCUAGGCCAGCAGCACCACCACCUGCAUCACCCUUACUGCCACCAUUGAAUAUUCGUGAUAAUCAAGUGCGUGUUGUCAUUCACAAUAUCACCCAACUCACUGCCGAUGAUGUGGAACGUAACAACGCGGAGGAUGGUGAUAGUGCAACGUCCUAUGGUAUGUCGUCUGGCAUUUACGAUGGUGAUAUUAAUGAUAAAACAGAUGAACGACCCCUCACCAACCAAACUGAAUUGAUCUAUUCCGUUUUUGUUAAUGGAAGACCCGUAUUGGCGGUAACAGCUGCCAAUGAUAUGAAAUUGGUCAGUGAAUCGGAAGUAUCCACAGUAUUGGGCAAAGAAAUUAUAAUGAAAGCAGAACGUAAGACAAGAACAAUAAUUUUAGCAUAUCUACGAGAACCGCAGGCCACACCAUUGGCACCCGCCACACAUAGUAGCGGUAGCCAUGGUUUCAUAGAUUCCAUACAAAAUAAUCCGAUAUUGGUAAUUGUCAGCUCGAUAGCGAUUUUGUUAUUAUUCCUGCUGCUGUUGGCUUUACUUUUGAUGGGCAGAUCACAUGUUAGGCAUAGAAAUGAUCAGAUAAAUAGGACCACGAGUCGCAAUGAACUUAUCUCGGAGCCCCAAUCUGGUGGACGUGCCACAUCCAGUGUUACCGCCCCCGAUACAGGCCGUACCAUAGCAACCGCCGAGUCUCGUGAUACGGGCAUACAAAAUUUCUCCUUUGAACAUGAAAAUGGUCGUACGACCCGAGAACCACGCAUCCACUUCCCCGGUCCACCCGCCCAAAAUCAACGUAGAUCUUCAAUAACCUCUUCGGAUAAUACAUCCGACUCUUCGGUGUAUUGCCCCAUAAAUCCACCUACGGCUGAUGUACAACGAAUGUUAGACGAUAAAUCAAAUGGACUGUUUGAGCGAAAUCGAACACGACGUCUCAAUAAAUAUGAUCGCGCUGAAACGAAUGAAGAGGCCAUCUAUACAACUGUCAUUUGAAAGAAACGUGACAAGUCACGUCAACACAAACCGAAGCGGAGAUAUUUAUCGGAAAAUCGUGUUGGUUCUUUGGAAACAAGUCCCGUUCAGAGUCAUCGCGAUGAUUCGGCUGAUGAACUGGAUAGGACCUAUGUUAAUUUUGAUCCACCCAAUGAGGCAUUUAAUCCUCACACGAAUUAUCAUCGGAAUAAGUUAUUGCAUCAGAAGACAAUUCACACAGAUCGUGGAGGGGAUCCGGUGGAAGGACAUCGACACCAACAACACCAACCUUCCACAGAGGCAAUAAAUAAAGAAAUCAUAAGGACCCUACAACCUGCUGAGAAAUCAUCGGACUCGGGAAGUAUUGGGUCAUUCUUAUCUAUGCAAUCGGUAAAGGCCUUUCCAAAGACAGCAUUGCCGGAACCAUUAAAUCGUGUUCUAGAACCGGUUUUCGUAACCUAUUACGACAAUGUGGAAAAUGUUCCGCAAUCCAGCAAAUCAUCGCGGAACCAGCACAAUAAACGUAUCUCGUCCCAUGAUGCAUUGGAUGCCACCACAAUCGCCACCAUUGAAGGAUUUCCCACACCCAAGGCACCACAAAAAGUUCCCCGAUUUGCAUCACAAAGUGAUAAUCCCGAUCCCGGUGUUGUGGGACCCAUUGUUUGGGAGCGACACAAGAAGCGCCUCAGUGCCGAUGAUAUUUUGGACAAUGGUAACUACCAAAGAAGACAGCAUCCAGCUGCAAUGCGCAAUCAUUACGAGGGCCUACUCGAGGGAGCCAUACAAAUGUAUUCCAGUCAAGACGAUCUACCCAUGCCACUGCCGAAUCGUGAUUUUACCAAUAACCGUAAGCCCACCAAACGGGAAUUACGUGGCUCAUCAGCUGGGGCCUCAAACGUCAAUCUGAAAAUGCAAAAUGCCAGCGAUAAUCGCCCCUCCACAGCUCAACCCUCAAAAACCACAAAAUCCAAUCAUUCCACACAACCACCAUCCCCAACAAUGGGCGCCUGGGAUGGUGGCAGCACCAAUGGUUCACAUUCACCCCUGGUCAGACCGAUGAGUGCUGGACCCUUCCAUCGGCCAGCCGAAAUCCAACCGCAAUUGUCGUCAUCGCGUCACGUGCAAGAUCUUUCUGCAGCACCGCUCAUCGAGGCAAUACAAAAGGAAUUGAGGAAAUUCCAAAAGGAAACCAAUUAA